AUGCUUAGCCGAAAUAAGUUGCGUGAAAUUUUGUCGAAGCAUCAACAACAGGCCUUCGAGGGAAGCAAAAUUUUAUCGUCAAAAAGUGCAAAUGAAAAAAUCAAAAAUAUAAGUCUAGGAAAACCGAGUGAAAAAAUUUUUCUGGAGAAUAUAGAGGAUAGUGAUGUGAUGAAACCCGUUGGAAUGACUGGACGGCGUACCCCAAUUGAAUAUUUCACUUAUAAAGAAGAUAAUUUUCAUUAUAAAAAGCCGAGCGAGCACACCGACUACAGCAGAUUGGACAUCUUUCAUCGAGCUGUAAGUCCAAUACUCAUUAUAGGUCAAUGUUUCUCGCUAAUGCCCGUUCAAGGAGUAGGCCAGCCGAACCCGCGUCACGUGCGAUUUUCAUUCAAGACCUUACGAGUGCUGAUCACUUUGAUAUUUUUAGUUGCAAGCUCUGCAUUAAAUCUGGCGAUGAUGAAGCAUUUGGCUAGAAUUGGUGUAAACGCGAAAAAUUUAGUCGGCGUUGUGUUUUUUACAUGCGUACAAUCAUCGACGAUACUGUUUCUUUCGUUGGCUCAACGUUGGCCCCGGCUUAUUCGUUUUUGGACCCGCACUGAAAUGAUCUUCAUACGCAAGCCAUAUGAAACACCGAAACGUGAUUUGUCGACACGCGUGCGUCGCGCUGCGGUCACAAUAAUAUUCCUCUCAGCAGUGGAACAUUUGUUGUAUCUGGCAUCGGCUGUAGUCUCACAAUAUCGCAGAGCAAAUUUCUGCGCCACUCUACAAAAUAGUACAGUUCAUUUUACUUUCGAGGAUUACACCUACAAAAAUUAUGAUUAUGUCUACGAGCUAUUCCCCAACACCACGCUAGUUGGCUGUCUUAUUUUGGUUGUGAAUUUCAUAUGUACUUUCGUUUGGAACUACAUGGAUCUAUUCAUAAUGAUGGUCGGCAAAGGCAUCGCUUAUCGCUUCGAGCAAAUGAAAAUGCGUAUAAAUAAUUUGUUGAAUAAGGAAGUACCUGAGUCGAUUUUUAUGGAAAUAAGAGACCAUUAUGUUAAAUUGUUGGAACUACUCGAAUAUGUGGAUGAUGACUUGUCAGGCAUUAUUUUACUCUCCUGUGCUAAUAAUCUCUAUUUCGUUUGCUACCAAUUGCUGAACAUCUUCAAAUGGCAGGCACCAUUGUCACCUAUGAAUUGGUCUUGCUGCAAUUCGAUGAACCCAACCGUUCCAAAGGUCUGCCACAUCUAUGCGCUUAGUGCCUUUAAACACUCACCGACCGAUAUGACAACAACGCACGCCCAUUACAAGGAAAAGCGAAUGGAGCACAGUUUCCUUGUGUUUAAUUCAUUUCAUAAAAGCAAUUUAGAACGCACGCAAUGCAAAUACAAUAUCACCUUCUGGGAAAGUCUCUACAGACGGGAAAGGCCACACUUAAGCAAAGUUGUACCUUUUAACUUUUGGUAUUUGCCUGUGGUGGAGUGGAUUAAUUUAACCUUGGCUUACCCCAGGUCAUUUACUGAUGCCUUCAUCAUUUGUGUAAGUGUGGGGUUGGCAUCACGUUUUCAUCAACUUUAUCUACGAAUCGAAUCUGUGCAUAACAAGGCCUUACCAAUGCUUUUCUGGACCGAAGUACGUGAACAUUUCCUUGAGUUGAUACAUCUUAUGCGUUUACUUAACGACAAAAUAGCGCCGCUGAUACUAUUAGCAUGCAGUAAUAAUAUGUACUUUAUCUGCUUUCAGCUGUUCAAUAGUUUCCAAAAUAUCGGCGUUGACCUGAUUGCUGUAACCGCUUUCUGGUAUUCCUUGUUUUUCGCCAUCUUUCGCACCAUUCUUACACUUUUCAUGGCCUCCUCUGUUAAUGACUACAGCAAGCGGAUAUUGUGUACGCUGCGCAGCGUACCAAGCACGUCGUGGUGUGUGGAGGCCCAACGGUUCAGCGAGCAGUUGGCUUUCGACUUAACAGCUUGGUCUGGCUGCGGUUUCUUCUUCAUUACGCGACAACUAAUUUUGGCGCAGCGGGAGUCGAAAGAAUAUAUAUUUGCAGCAGCGAAUAUGGCAAAGGGCAAUCGAGUGGCGGCGAGCAGCGAGCCAUCACCGCAGAACACUAACACCAUGCAUCAUGCCUUGAGACCAUUUAUGAUGAUCUCACAAGUGUUGGCCACGUUGCCGGUGAGUGGUGCGUGCCGCAAAUCGUAUGCGGAGCGCGUUCACUUCAGCUGGUGCACGCUCAUAUCAUGCCUUUCCCUCAUCAUGAUCGCCUUUUCACUCAUCGAUGUGGUGCUCUCGACGAAAGUGGUGAUGGAGUUCGGCCUGAAGCUGUACACAGUGGGUCCUUUCAGCUUCAGCAUCAUAUCGGCGGUGAGCGUCAGCAGCUUUUUGCAGCUCGCACGAAAAUGGCCAGAUCUGAUAAAGCAUAUGUAUCGCUGUGAACUUUCUGUGUUUCUACAGAAAUCCUAUGCUAAUGGAGAAUCCCGUAACUUCACUAAUAAUGUUCGUAAAUUUGGUGCUAUUUUACUUUUCGGUGCAGCAAUGGAGCACUCUGUGUACAUUGGAACUGCAAUUUUCAAUAAUGAUUUUCAAAUUAAGAAGUGCAAUUUAACGGUGGAUUUUUGGAAAAAUUAUUACAUGCGCGAACGUUUGCAGAUUUUUUCGAUAUUCAACUACCACGCAUGGUUGAUUCCAUUGGUGCAGUGGAUUACCAUAUCGACUACCUUUGCUUGGAACUAUGUAGAUAUAUUCUUAAGCAUGAUCUUCCGUUGCUUUGCGAUACGUUUCCGACAAAUGCAUUGGCGAAUUAAGCGACAUGCGAAAAAGCAAAUGCCUGAUGACUUCUGGCACGAGGUGCGUAACGAUUUCAUGAGCCUAGUAGAUUUGCUGCGUCUUUUCGACGAUGGAAUGUCAACCUUGAUACUUGUGUCUUGUUGCAAUAAUCUCUACUUUAUAUGCGUGCAAAUAUUUCAUAGUUUCAACAACCGAGACAACUUUAUGAAAGAGUUUUAUUUUUGGUUUUCAUUGCUCUUCGUGUUGGUGCGCAUCUUAACAAUGAUGCUGUCAGCCGGUGCGGUGCAUGACGAGGCAAAGCAAAUAAUGUCGACUAUGUAUGAGAUCCCAACGAAGUUUUGGUGCCUUGAACUGAGACGUUUAAACGAAAUCAUCGUACACGAUUUGGUUGCUUUUAGUGGCAAGAGUUUCUUCUUUCUGACGCGUCGCCUCAUAUUUGCGAUGGCUGGCACUAUUGUUGUGUACGAAUUGGUGCUAAUCGAUCAGGUGGAGGAUAAGGAUGUGGUAACAGACUUUUGCACAUCACGCAAUGUUUAAGCGUUUAGAAAGGCAGACAAGCGAGCCGACACUGUUAAAUAUGGAAUAGCGCACUUUGAAAGAUUCAAUGUUAAAGGAAACCACCUAAAUAAUGUGUGUAAAGAUAAAUUAUUUUUUAAACGAAAAGCACAU